AUGCUUAAAUUUCUAAUCACAUCAAAGUUCUCAUUAAGAUUAAUUAAAAGAAGCAUAGCAUGCUUCUCCUAACAGUCAGUUUCUAAAGAAUAGGAAUAUUUCUCUGAUUGGGAAUCUGACUCUGAGUCUAAAGCUCUACUUACUAAAUUUGAAGUGUAUUAACAUUUUGCAAAUGCAUAAACAACCGAAGAUGUCAUUAAGGCUUUCAAUGAGAAUAAUUUAUCAUAUGAAUAGAUUCAUUUUGCUGCAUUUUAAUUGAUGAAUAUAGUUUAACACUAAUAAGUUAAUCAAGACUCCUAGUUAGACGCAUUUAUCUAAGAAAAAAUAAUUCCUAAUUUCGAUAAAUUGAGUUCAGAGCAAAGUGUUACGAUCAUUCAGCUAUUCUUAAAAUUAUCCAAUAAAUCCUAUUGCACUUAAAUAAAAAGACACAUUGAUUAGAAUUUGAAAAAUUAUACACACCUGCAAUUGGCAUAUGUGUUUUCUUUCUACUCAAAAUAAGGGUGGAAAAUGGUACACAUUGCCAAGAUACUCAAGCAUCAUUUGUCUACUCAAACCUUUACUGCUCACCCUUUAUGCUAAAUAAUACGAGGUUGUUACAUUGAGCACAUUACUCUCAAAUAAAAUUAUCAUUCCGAUUUGGCCUAUUAAGCUUGUCAAUAAUUAGUUAAACUAAUAGAUAAUAUCAAUUUUCAUGGUUUAGUUACAGUAUUUAAUUAACUCGCUCAUAUGCAAUUGGAUUAAAAUACAUCAUAAAGAAAACUUCCUGAAAUUAUGUCUAAACUUUCGGAAAAGUUCAUUAAAAAUUUUGAUAAUCUCUCAUAGUUUUCUAAGUUGAAACUCUUGGAAGCCUAUUCUGAACUUCCAGAAUAAUUCCCAGUUGAUUUGUAUUAAAAAUUAUAUCAAUCCUUUGAAUCUGAUAACUUGACUAGUGCAAAUCAAUUGAAAUUAUAUGUCUUUCUAAAACUGCAAAAAGAAUAAAAUUAACCAUCCAAUGAAGUUCUACAGGUGUUAUUAAAUAAGAUUAAUUUUGAAGAUAUAACAGAGACUGCCUUAUUGAUAAGAUUUCUUGAUGUUGAAUUCGAAGAGUAAAAUCUAGAGAGCAUAAAUUUAUGUAUCCAGAAUCUAAAAAGGAACGUGAACGAUUUUAGUGUGAAAUAGAAGGCUGAAUUUAUAAAAGUGCUAAUUAAAUAAAAUAGAUUAGAUGAAAUUUUAGAUCUGAAUUAGAACAAUGAUAGUUCUCUUCUCUAAUUUAUUGAAUAAUUACAUAAUUGUCAUAAGUAGAUCAACAGUUGCAAAUCAAUUAAGCAAUAAGAAAAUAUUAAUGCAAGUGUGGAAUCAUUUCUAGAUAAAGUAGUAAAGUUAGAUUACGAUCUAAAAUUGAAGAUCUCGUCCUUAAUUAUUACUUUAGAUCCUUAUUCUGAGGAUCCUUUCUACGAAUUUAUUGAUAGACAUAUCAAAUUGGAAUCCUUACCAGAAUCCUACUUUUAAAAUUUUAUUUUAAGAUUAAAUAGCAAAUCUCAUUUCAAUCCAGAAAUCAGAAGUAGGAGUGAGCAAAUGCUUCCAUCUUUUGAGUAAUUAUAAAGAAUCAUAAACGAUAUUAAUACUAUUGAUUUCUUAAACGACAAAUUAGUAAAACAAAUAGCAAAAUGGUUUUUAGUUUUAACUGAUAAAAGCAUUAUUGAUGAUUCCUUCAAUAUUAAUGCAUCCUUAAACCUAUUGUUUACAUUCCUUCUCAACUGUCCUUAUCACUCACUUCAUAAUAUGAGAGGGACAGUUCUACAAACCAUCAGAGAAUUGAUUGAAUUGUUCACCAAGCAAGUAUAUUAGUCUCAACAGAAUAUUAAUAUCAAUAUAGGAAUGCUUAUUAAAUUUAAUGAAUAAAUUACUUAAAUGGAAUUAAAAACAAAUUUAAUCAACAAUAUUUGUUAAAGACUUUGUAAAUAAAUAGACAGUAUGGGUGACUUAGAGAAGUUAUAAGUGGCAACUAUUAUCACAGAGGCUAAUAUUCAUUAAUUCCAGAGUAUUGCAGUUAUAAAUAAUUUCUUAAAUUUGGCACUUGCUGUGGAGAUAGAGACCUAUGAGGCCAUUUUAAUGAAAACAAAGCUGUUAUUGUAUUAAAUGAAAAAUUAAGCAAAACUACGUCAGAAAUCAGACGAAGUGUCGUUGAAAUUCAUGGUAGAUCAAUUGAAAUAAGAGAUUAUCAAAUUUGAUCUAAACAACUCAAAAGAGCAUUAUUUGGAUGGUUUGAUGCUCUUGUUGGAAUAUGAUGGUUGGAGAUAUAGCAAUUUGAGAAACGAAUAUGAUGAUGGUUUGUAAGACUUUAUAGAAACAUAUUUUGAUAAUUUAGAGCAUCUAUUGACUAUGAAUAGCAUGAGACCAGGUUUGAAGGCUAUUAUCAGGACUAUCGGAUAGUCUGAAUCAAAAUAUCAAUUUCUAAGGAGUUAUGGUUAAUUGUUUAAGAAAAUGUUUUCAAAAUGUCAUGAUCUAAAGAAUCACUAAAUACCUCAGAUUUCAAUUUGUUUGGAUUAUAUUGAAUUUGCUAGGAAAAUCAAAGUUAAUAAUGAUGACUCCAUCCAAGUCUUAACUGAUUACAUCAAGAGACAGAUAGACAAUUUAAAAUAGGUGUAAAUUGUAGAAGUCAUACAAAAUUUAUCAGAAUAAAAAAUCUACGUUGAAUCCUUAUUUGAUUCAUUGAGUAGACUAAUUUCAAGGAAGUUGUAAUAUUAUAGUUCUUUAGAAUUGAUAGAGAUUCUAAACUCUCAUGCCAAGAUCGGUUAUUUUAAUGAAACAUUGAUGUUGAAUAUUUUGGAUAAGUUAUAAAGGGAAUAAAGAAUUUAAGCCAACCUCGUAAUCUUUGUAUCGACAUUAUGGAGUGUUUUGAUUCAUUUAUAAUACUUCAAGAAAUAAUUGAAUAGAGAUUAUUACUAUAGAUAUGAUAAAUUGAUUACACUUCUAAUGAAUGAAGUGUAAAAGUUUCCAAACUUCCCUAUUAACUCCAAAAUGCCUGUUGUUUUUCGACAAUUUAUGGAUAUCUACAAUCUUUUAGAGUUUAAUUAACAUUUAGAAAUAUGUAAUCAUAUUUAAUUUAUUUUUAAAGAAUUAAAUCAAAAGCAUUAAUAGCUAGGCAAAUAAAUUGUUGAUAAUGCUAAAAAAGUUGUUAAUACGAAAUUUAUUCCAAAUUAAAAAUUAACUUAGUAAUUCAAAAACUUAAUGCUAUUUCUUGACAAAUGCUAGGUGGAGUAUUAAGUAAAUUAUUUCCUUGACACUCAAUAUGUUGAUUUCUAUAUUUAAAUGAGAAAUCAAAUUAUAUCGGUCGAUAAUUCAUUAUAUGUAACGUAUGAUAUGAAACAUUACACUGGUUUUCAUCAUUUUAAUAAAUGGAUUCUUGAAGGAGCUGCUAAAAAAUACGAUCUAAAGGAAAUUCGAAUCAAUGCUCAGGAGUGGAAUCAGUUGACCGAUGAUCAGAGAAGAAAGCUUGUGUUAAUUUGA